CUCUUGACUCCGCCUGCGCGCCCAACAUCCUGCUGCCCUGCGCCUCCCUCUCCGGCGCGCAGGCUGGCGGCUGGCAGCACCAGGCAGGCUGCUGCUGCGCUGCGCUGCGCCGCCCUUGGCGCGCCGGGCGUGUCGCGCCUGCUGCGGCUGGGCCUCCGCCUGCCUCUUGCGUCGCCGGCGCGCACGCCUCAAAUACGCAGCGCCCGCCGCAGCGGUACGCACGAUGGCCCGCAUCCGCACGCCCGCUCUACUCCCACCACGCUCUCUCCCAGCAUGCGCGCCGCCGCCCUACUGCUGCCGCUCAUCGGCGUGCUCGCGGCGCUGCUCGCCGCCGACGCCGCACCCGCGCCCGAGCACGAGCUGCGCGCUCGCUUCCUCAGCGCUUCGCAGCUCGGCACGCCGCCCGAUGGCUACCGCUACAGCUGGGGCAUCGACAAGAAUCGCCUGGCCUACUCGGGCAGCGACUACCUGGCGCGCUCGCAGAUCAGCAGCUCGCAGACGCUCAGCAGCCGCGAGAUCGCGGCGUGCGGCGCGCGCUGCGAGGCCACCGUCGGCUGCGGCUUCUUCCACCCCAUCCGCAUCAGCGGCGGCUCGGCGCCCGGCAUCACCUGCGCCCUCUUCCGCCAGAAGCAGGCCAAGAGCGCCGCCACGUCGACCAAGGGGCCCUCGAGCACCGGCGGCUCCGUCGUCGACUCGUACGGCUACACGCGCAACGCCGGCGCCGUGACGGCGCCGUCGACGACGCGCACCAGCACCACGCGCACCAGCACCACCACGACGAGCACCACGCGCACCAGCACGACGACGGCGACGACGACGAGCUCCAGCACGGCGGCCACGUCGACGUCGACGAGCGCCGUGCCCGCGCCGCCGGCGGGCGUCGACCUGGUGCAGUACGCGCCGUGCGUCGGCAUCUCGGCCACCGUGCCGCUCUUCGUCUCGCACAACGCAUACACGCAGCCGAGCCUCGUGCGCACCGCCUACCUCGUCAUGCACGGCAACAACCGCGAGGGCGACAAGUCGUUUGUCUGGCUCGCGCCCUACGUCGGCGGCGCCACGAACCCCGCCGUGCUCAUCGUCUCGCCGCAGCUCAACAACGUCGGCGACGCCGCCGCCACGGGCCCCAGCGGCUCGUCGUACUACCAGCCGGCGCAGAACCUGGCGUGGGACGCGCUCGGCACGGGCGACCUGGCGAGCAACUCGCAGUACUCGGGCGCCGACGCCGCGGCGCCCUCCAGCGGCCCGUACUCGCUCAGCGGCUCGCAGUGCUCGAGCUUCCAGGUCUUCGACUCGCUCCUCAGCGACUUCGCCGACCGCUCCAAGUAUCCGCUGCUCUCGCAGGUCUUUGUCGUCGGCCACUCGGCCGGCGCCGGCAUGGUGCUGCGCUACGCGCAGCUCUCGAGCGACACCGCCGCCGGCACCGUGCCCGUGCGCUACGUCGGCGCCAACGCCGCCAGCCACGCGUACUUCACCACCGACCGCCCGCUGGCGCCGGCGAGCAACUGCACGACGUACAACACGUACCAGUGGGGCUUCGCCUCGUCGUUCCCGCGCUACGUUGCCCAGCGCGUCUCGACCCUCGGCGGCGCCACGGCCAUCUUCCGCCGCUUCGUCGCCCGCGACGUCGUCACCAUGACGGGCGACUCGGACACGUACGCGCUCUUCCACUACGGCGCGCAGGACUGCAACGUGCAGGCACAGGGCGGCGUCGACCGGCGCGACCGCGGCUACGCCUACUGGGCGUACCGCAACCUGCUCGCCGGCACGACGACGGACGUGACGGCCUACUAUGGCUACGCACGCCUCCAGGCCAGCGUCUCGCCGGUCUCGGUCAGCAGCUUCCGCCAGCAGCACUGCGUCGUGCCCGGCGUCGGGCACGAGGAGGAGAAGAUGUGGCAAAGCACCUGCGGCGGGCAGGCGCUCAAGACCGGCAGCAUCACUGCCGUCGGCACGCCCGCGCGGCCGGGCGCCACCGACGGCACCACGGGCUCCGGCUCCACGGGCUCGGGCUCGGGCUCAACGGGCUCUUCUGGCUCGACCACCGGCACUGGCAAGGCCACCACCGAGGACUAGUCUUACCGCGCUCCUGCUCCUUUCCCUCAUACCCUAGCUUUUUACCUGCGCUCGCGCCGCUGAUCUCCUCCCUCACCUCUCUUUCUAGACUUGCCGCCGCCCUCGUGCGGGCGCGCAUCACCCCUGUACUAUCUUGUCUCCCGUCACCUUUGCUGCUGUACCUAUGAUCGUCUGCUGCGGAUGUGUUUCCA